AUGGACGACGAAAUUCAAGACUCUCAAAUGGAAAACAAUAGUCAAGGUGACGACUCAGAUCACACAGAUACGGAUGGGCCCAGCAACGCCAAGGCGGGGUCCAGAGGCAAGAGGACCAUAAUGCCUGCGCUUCCCUCUGCAAUCUCGUCUCCAGACUACAGGGAAAAGGCAUGUCAGGCCUCGAACCGAAACAAAAGUAUACAGAAAGCACUCGAAAGCACCAAGAGGAUUUCCCAGAAGGAGUAUCAGACCACGCAGGCACACCUAGAACGCAUGAGUUACUCAGCGGAUCCAUGGGACCUCUUGGAAAACGAUCGAAUCAUCCUCAAGGCUCAGGAAUCAGAGAUCAAGACCAUCGAAGACCAAGUCCGCCAAACACACUACAAUGUGGACGAGGAGAGCAAGACGCGACAGAGCUAUGCAGCUCGCAUGGACAGAAUCACCAAAAGAGUCCAAGAAAAGGGUAUGGCCGUACCAUCGGACUUUACGCGGGCGGUUCUACAAUUGAAUCUCCAUUCCAUUGGCAUGGGUUUCCUAAAGGCCCAGCCCGGUAUGCAGAUGCUCGUGGAGGAUGGACAUUCCCACGAGGUGCCGCCGUCAACCCAACCACCCCGGUCGCUCAUGGGUCCCCCAGCACUCCCUGCACAGCCCAUCAUCAGCCCGUCACAAGCCGAGACACCAGAGCUACAUGGCCAGGAAAGUGACGGCAAUGCCGUGAAGCUCAGAGCAGAAUUGGCCAAUGUCCAAGGCCAACUCAACGCGGUCAAAGGCCAGGCGGAAGAUUUGAACAAUCAACUCAUUGGGCACCAGAAGGAGGUUGACACUCGAGACGAGAAGAUUCGAGCCCUCGAGGGCCGAGUCACAGAAGUCAAUGUGGAACUUGGACUUGAAAAACAAGCCAGGGAAGAUGAAGAGGCCGAGCGGACCAAGGCUCAAGAGCAAGCUACCUUAUAUAAGGGGCGAUAUGAAGAUCUCAGCAACGCGAAAGUCCAAGAUUCCAACCAAUUGAUUCUUGCCAACGCGGACAUAUCACAAUUGAGGCGCAAAGUUGAGCAACUCAAUAACAACUGGACCACUGCAAGAUCCCUUGCUGAUAGCCUCCAAAGACACCUGAAUAAUCAGACUACAACGAGCAGUGACAACUACAAAAAGCUGUGCAAGGCUCGGGAAGAUGAGGCUCUUCUGAAGAUCAAACUGGACAAGAGCAACAGGCGGAUUGCUGACCUUGAAGCGUCGGUCCGACAAAACGGGUAUCUCAAAGAUGAGUUGACUCAAGCUCAAGGACAGAACUCGCAGCUCCAGAGCGACAAUGAGCAGCUCACAGGACGCUGCCAUGGCUUGGAGGAGGAGAUAGCAUUCCACAAGCAAACACUGCAAGAGCGAACAAGAAAAAUCACGGAGCUGGGCGAGGAGCUUGGCAGGGCAAAUUCCAGUUUAGCCACCGUCGAGGAUGAUCUCGCAAACGACAGGGCCUACGUCGAACAGCUCCAGAAAGAAUUUGAGGAAUCCCAACAAAAAGUCAAUUCGCUUGAGAAUCGUGCCAAAACGGCAGAAGAACUUGCAGCGCAAUAUGAGACAAACUCGAUCGCGCUCAAUACCUUUAUAAAUGACCAACUACAAAGCCUUGAUCUGGAGUCUACACCAUAUGAAGCCGAGCCGUCUGAAAUGGUGGCUUUUUUGGUGUCACGAAUCAAGAGCCUGCGAGUCACCUUGACAGCAACCGAAGUUGAUCUCGACAAGUUGGACGAGGACCACAAGAGUCUCAAGGAGCAGUCAGAGGCGUCCAAGUCCACGAUCACGGACUUACGAAAGCAGGUUCACCAAUGUACCAUGGAUGCGACUGCCAAUACAUCAAGACUCGAAGCAGAGCUUGCCAAAUCAGACCAAGAUUCACGGUUCGAAACCACGAGACUCGAAGCAGAGCUUGUCAAAUCAAAUCAAGAUUCGCAGACUAAAAUUUCAAAACUCGAAUCAGAGCUUGCAAAGGCAAAUCAAGAUUCACAAUCCGAAAUCUCAAGGCGCGAGGCAGAGCUUUCGGAAUCAAAGAUGAACAAUUCGAGACUCGAAAAGGAGCUUGAGAAAUCGAAAAUGGAUGCUGGAUCCACAACACCAAGACUCGGAACAGAGCUUGAGCAAUCAAAGACUACAGUCUCCGGGCUCCGAGAGCAACUCGAACAAUCAAAAACUACAGCCUCUGAACUACAACAGGCGCUUGGUCAUUCGCAAACCACGGCUUCGGUGCUCCAGGGGCAGCUUCGAUAUCUCAAGUCCUAUUCGGAUAGACGAGCUUUGAUAUUGUUGAUAGCGAUCCAACAUUCUACAUCUCACGCAGAUGAUACAAUUUCAGGACUCUGUUUAGAGCUUGAAAAUCUCAAGGUCAGAUCGAAUGACGCUACAGAUGACCUCCAGAUUGCAAACGAACAGUUGCAAGCUCUGGAAAGGCUCAAGAAUGUCAGCAUUGACAAGAUUCAUUCGCUUGAGAAUGUCGACACGGAAAACAAAUUUCUCAAGACGCGAGUCGAGUCUUUGGAGAAGGCCAGGCGCGACGUCAGUAUCAAAAGCCUCGAGAGCAAAAUUGCCUUGGAGGAAGAGAUACAAACACAUCAAGAGGAAGCAAAGAAGAAUCUGGCCCAAGUCGUACAACUGGAAAGCAAGCUCAAACAGUUCGUAGACAAGGCGAACCAGAAUUGCGUGCUUCAUGAAACAAACUAUGAGAUUCUCAACAAAAGAACCAAUGAGAUUCUCAAUGUCAUGAUAGGCCGCCUCCCGCAUGCCAAGUGGGACUACUUUAUCAAUGUGUUCUGUGUCAAGUCAAGGACAAUCCGUACACUGGAUCGUAAGGGCAUGCUAGCUGUCCUCACUCCUUGGAUCUCGGAUGAGACACAUCUUUUUGGAGACCAUGGAUGCGUCUUCAUCACCGCCGCCCGAAUCUUUUACAUGAUCCAUAUGGAUGAAUGGAAGCCUGCGGAUGCAGUCAGAGCUCUUCAGCAAUUGUACAUGUUGUCGAUACUCAUCAUGCAUUGUGGCGAAGACUUUGAUGGGGUCGGCAAACUGCUGAACACCAUCAUGAUGGAAAAGCUUUGUGCACAGUUUUCAGCUCAUGCUUAUCUGCACGACUUUGCGAUUCUUCAACUGCUGCAACUCGAAAGCUUUAUGGCCCAGGACGAAGAGUUCAGGCCAAAAGUUGACCUGGGCAUGAUGAAGAGCCCAGAUACCCAUCUUCCUUGCAUCCUGGGACAGCUGAUACAAGAUGGAAAGCAUAUGGACCGACCUGCAAUUCAGGCGGCUCUGAAUAAAAAUACCUACCAUGCAGUAGAGCGGGUAGUUAUUUGCCGUGAUGCUGCAGUCGAGGGCUUUUUUGCAGUCGUGGACCCCGAAAACGCAACAGUGCGUGUAGUGGACCGAAAGCUUGCCAGACCGGUCAUCUACAAUGCCACAUAUACAAACAGGACGGCCGUGAUCACGUCCCCUGAUAAUGAUAGAUGGGACGAUCAAGUAUUCGACCAUAUUUCGGGUGACACUGACUUUUCCUGGGAUGCGAAUAUUGCAAUCCUGCCAGAGAUCGAUUCUGCUCUGCUGGUGGAUGCAGAGGAUACAUCAGAUGAGGACUUGGCGCGGGAGAUCGAGACGACAAGUCUCGCAUUCAUGCGGGAGCAUGUUCCCGAAUUUGUAGCCGAGACGGAAGCCAGACAAGCAGCUGUACGAGCAGCUCGAGAAGCUAGAAGACAUGAAUAA